AAAAAAACACUGAAAGAAGAGCGAAAGAUGAAAAGUAGCAAUCAACUCACAGCGUUUUGACAAUUGCAGUCGUCGCCGUCUCUUCUGAAUUCCUCUUCUCUUCAAUUCACCAGUCAAUAACACAAACCAUUAAUUAUUCAUCUGAAACUUACGUAUACGUACAUGUAGGUAUAACUAUAACCUAACCUGAACUCUCUCUCUUCUAUCUCAAUUGAGGGGAUGUAUGGGAAGCAGAAGAAGCAGCUAAGACCUAAACUUGACCGGCGAAACGCCCUAAAAAACGUCGAUUACGACGCUUCACAAUCAACGCCGUCAUCUCCAUCAUCGUUCGAAGAUCAGCAUAAUACUCACCGCACUCGUUCGCUUGACCUUUAUCCAUUAACUGACCGUACAAGUUUCAGAAUCCACGGUGCUGCUGGUGAAUUCGACACUAUUUGCCGCUCUUUAGGUAUUUCUCCUGAAGACUUUGCGAUUCCUGUUGCUGCUUGGGAAGCUCACAAACCUUGCUCUCGUUCUGAUCGGUUACGCAGCACCAGGUUUGCUAGUACCUCUGGUAUUAACCUUGAAAAUGCGAAUGAACUGUCUGUUGACGGUGAAUCGGACCGUCCGACGGAAAAUGAAAUUGACCUGACGGCUAGUGAAUCGGACAGUGAGGAUGAGGUCUCUGAUAGUGUUAGAAAUGGUCUUAGGGUUAAAUUGAGGCAAAGCUUAAAUUUUUCACCUGAAAAUGGGAUUAGGGUUAGGGUUAGUGACCGGGAGGAUGAUAAUUUGCCUGUGGAUGUGAAAUGUGGAAUUAAGGGUUCUAGACCACCAAGGUUGGCUCGUCCAGUGGAGGAUGAAUUCACGUCUGCUUGGGAUUUUAUUAAAGGUUUUGGUCCUGCAAAUGAUGAAGAUGAGGUUUCACCUGUACAGAGCACUUCUGAUGACAUAAUUGGAGACGAGCAACUAGGAGAGAUUGCUAAGAAUGAAGAGCCUAAUGAGGAUUAUGUAAGAAAUGUUUCACAAGUAUCAGAUAGUGAUGGAGUUUGUGAAAAGCCAUUGGAGCAAGGUGUAAGAGAUGCUGUUGAAAGCUCUAGAUCACCGAGUAAUGAUUCCUACAGCCUGAUAUCGAAGAAAAGCUCCAAAUCGUCUAGUGGUGAAUUCUAUAGCGUUUUCUCGAAGAUAAGUGCUGAGUCACAGAGUGAUGAAUCCGACACGUUGAUUUCGAAGAAUGGAUAUUCUGUUUCUCCAAAUUGUUCUCCCAGUAUAAAAUCUUGGCAAAAGGGCGACUUUCUUGGGAGUGGGUCAUUUGGAACAGUGUAUGAAGGCUUCACCGAUGAUGGAUUCUUUUUUGCCGUCAAAGAAGUUUCAUUAAUUGACCCAGGAAACCAGCAAAGCCUUUAUCAACUUGAACAGGAGAUUUCUCUUCUAAGUCAGUUUCGACAUAGAAAUAUAGUUCGCUAUCAUGGCACAAACAAGGACGAGAGCAAGCUGUAUAUCUUUCUUGAACUUGUUACAAAAGGUUCACUUGCAAGUGUCUAUCGCAAGUAUCGUUUGCGCGAUUCCCAUGUUUCAGAUUACACCAGGCAAAUCUUGAGUGGGUUGCAUUAUCUUCAUUCCAGAAAAGUGAUUCACAGGGACAUUAAGUGUGCCAAUAUAUUGGUGGAUGUUAGUGGUUCAGUGAAGCUUGCAGAUUUCGGACUGGCAAAGGCAACACAAUUGAAUAACAUCAAGUCUUGCAAAGGAACUGCAUUCUGGAUGGCCCCAGAGGUCGUUAAUAGGAAGAACGAUGGAUAUGGGAUUCCUGCUGAUAUAUGGAGUCUCGGUUGCACUGUCCUAGAGAUGUUAACUGGCAAACUUCCUUAUUCUCACUUGGAAGGGAUGCAAGCACUGUUCAGGAUAGGCAGAGGUGAGCCUCCUCCUAUACCAGAUACCUUAUCGGCAGAAGCUCAGGAUUUCAUAAAGAGAUGUUUGCGAGUUAAUCCGAAUGAUCGGCCAACUGCAGCUGAACUACUGGAACAUCCAUUCGUAACAAAGCAACCAUCACAUUUCUCAAAUCCUGCAGCCUCAUAAAUUCUGCUGUCAAUUGUACUGAGUGUUUAUGGUCAGAUGAAUGAACCGCGGGGAACUCGUAUGAGAGUUGGUUUGACUUCCCUAACUAUGGCGGAAUAUUUCCAAGAUGUUACUGUCAAGUCUGCAAGUUCUUGCUCUCUCAAAAAAGUCUGCAGCACUGGUCUAAGCUUUGAUGACUCUGUAAGUCGAGGAUCAAUUUCAAAUGUGAUGCUUGUACAGGGAUUGGUUGGUGUAGCAUCUGAGAAGUCUGUCGAUUGAAAAUUGCAAAUAUUUGGACGUGAGCAGCUGAAUGCAGAAUGGUCAUGGUAACUGUAAGUAGAAUGAGCAACAAAGUUCAUUCAUAGCACUUGUGCCUGGUUGUGUUGUGUCUAUCCAAGAUAAACUGUAGAUUGUAAGUGAAACGAUGAUAAUCUUAUAAAGGAAAUUGUAAAUACCAGAUAAACAAGUAUUGUUUGGUACAAAAAAGACAACGAUUGCAGUUGGAAAUGCUUCGUUUGCUGUUUUUUCCUGCUA